UGGCGAAACCUCCCUCGCUCCGUCGGAGGUCGAAACCCGUCUGUUUUGACAGCGACUAUACAUAUUGUUCCUGGUUGGUGGCAAAGCAACUCCCGCGACGGUCCCGAGUCUCGUCUCACCGUUCGACCCGGUCAACUCUCCCAAAGAUAAAUAUGAAGAGUCUCCGAGGCGCCCUCCUAGUGGUUUCGGUGAGCCUGACAUUGGCUACACCUCUCCGCGGGAAACAUCCCGUCAGCGAUUUGAGCGAGAAAAACGUUGCGUUCGAUUACCUCCUGUUCAGUCAGCAGUCUACCGAGGGGUAUUGUCGUGCCACGGGAAACUGUGUGACGGACAAACUACGUCACUUCUGGACCAUCCAUGGCCUCUGGCCGAGCAAUGCUACGGCGUGGCCCGAGAACUGUGAUCCAUCCCAUCCUUUCGACGCAUCUCGAAUCUCGACUCUGAGAUCUCAGCUCGACGAGUAUUGGCCGUCUGUCACGAGUGAAAAUUCUGACAGCUUCUGGAGCCAUGAGUGGAGCAAGCACGGUACCUGUGCGAAAUCGAUCCCCCGACUGAGCGGCGAGUACAACUACUUCAGCCAGACGUUGCAACUCUACUCGAAAUGGAACUUGACCGAGUAUUUGGAAGAUGCCCAGGUCCGUCCGGACAACGACCGCGCCUACCCAGUCAGUGAGGUCGAGAAGGCUCUCGAUAAUCGUCUCGAGGCGAAGGCUAGGCUAGAGUGCCAGCGAGUACAUGGCAUGGAGUUCCCUUUGCUGAAAGAAAUUCACUUCUGCUUGACGAAGGAUCUGGACGUGAUGGACUGUCCCGGCAAAGAUGAAAAUUGCGGCACCGAUCGGAUUUACUAUAUCAAAGAAGCUUAGAACUCGGAUAACAUCUGAAAUAAUCACAGCGUGAGCUUCACGGAAAUUCGGAAAAUGAUGCGCGUGAUGCUCCGUUCAACUAAGUUCGAGAGCUCAACGCCCUCAAACUCCGAGAAUCGGUCUUCAAGUGAUGCCUUGUAGAAGAAAGUUUGAAUCGUCUUUAUCGUGCACUGCCCAGGAAAUCUUCUUCUCCCUCUGGUGGUAGAUCUAUUUUCUAUCUCGCCCGGGAACGGGACCCCACGAUCCGGCUGCAAUGGGAACGGCUUGCUUAUAGCUGUCUAUGAACAGGGAAAGUCGCUUAGGAGGCUUGCUCGCUCCGACGGUAUCUAGAAUUUUUUUUAAAGAAAACGUCUCGCGUCU